UUGAAGCAUUACCAGACCCGUUUGCAAGGCUGACCACGCCCAAAUCUACAGUACAUCAUUUAGCUUAAGCGCUGAUGUGCCGAAUCCUCCUCAGUUAACCCCGCCCAAAUCGCGAACACCCUCACCUGUUCUCGCGUCGGCACGUAGGCUCCUACCGAGUCUUACUCCGCGCUCCAACGAAAAGGCCAAACCAGACUCCCAACUUCUCCUCAAGUCGGGGGUGACCCCGCCGCCCCUGUCUCAGUUCAUCCAGCGGUUCGCGCGCAGUGCCCACGGCGCGCCGCACUGUGACUAGCGCGCAACGUGCUCGACGGAAUGCCGCACCGGGACGUCGUCUCGGCCACCGCGGCCAUCGGCGCGCUCACCCGCCGCGGCCGGCACCGCGACGCCCUCGCCAUGUUCUCCCGGGUGCUCGCCGGCGGCGUCGCGCCCAACGAGUUCACCUUCGGCACCGUCCUCCGGUCGGCCACCGCGCUGCGCGCCCCGCGCGUCGGCGCGCAGCUCCACGCCUGCGCCGCCAAGCUCGGCCUCUGCUCCAACGUCUUCGUCGGAAGCGCCCUCCUCGACCACUACGCCAAGAUGGGCGCCAUGAAGGAGGCCCAGGGCGCGCUGGAGGAUACCAGUGAGCCGAACGUGGUCUCCUACACCGCCCUCAUUGCCGGUUUGCUGAAGAACGGGAUGUUCGAUGAAGCAGACCGCUUGUUCCGGCGCAUGCCAGAGAGGAACGUGAUCUCUUGGAACGCGAUGAUCGGCGGGUGUAGCCAAGCCGGGCUUAGCGAGGAGGCUGUUAAUCUGUUCCUGGAGAUGUGUCGAGAAGGCGUAACGCCGAACCAAAGCACCUUCCCCUGCCUGCUCACUUCUGUUGCCAAUGCAGGGGCACUCGGCGUUGGUAGAAGCGUCCACGCAUCGGCCAUCAAGUUCUUGGGCAAUCUUGACGUCUAUGUGGGCAAUUCUCUUGUGAGCUUCUAUGCCAGGUGCGGUAGCCUGGAGAACAGUGUCCUAGCGUUCAAAAAGAUCAGGCAAAAGAAUGUGGUAUCAUGGAAUGCGCUGAUCUGUGGGUAUGCGCAGAAUGGGAGGGGAGAGGAGGCUUUGGAUGCUUACAAGGCGAUGAGAGCGACGGGGCUGAAGCCGGAUAAUGUCACUCUUCUCGGUUUGCUGUUUGGUUGCAACCAUGCUGGUCUGGUUGACGAAGGCUAUGCAUUGUUUAAGACUGCUGAAAUGGAGCAACCUGGUAUACUGAAACCUGAGCAUUAUGCCUGUGUAGUUGAUCUACUAUCUCGGGCCAAGCGGUUCGACGAUGCCAAGAGGUUUCUUGAGGAGCUGCCCUUUGAACCUGGCAUUGGUUUCUGGAAGGCACUGAUAGGAGGUUGUCAGAUUCACUGGAACAGGGAGCUAGCUGAGAGCGUUGCUAAGCGCAUUCAUGAAUUGGAUCCAAAGGACACAUCUUCCUACAUUCUCCUGUCAAAUGUUUAUUCUGCAGCAGGAAGCUGGCAAAGUGUGUCCAAUAUCAGGAGGGAGAUUAAGGAGAAGGGGCUGAAGAGGAUUACCGGCUGUAGUUGGAUUGAGGUCCAGGACAAAGUCCAUGUCUUCUUCAAUGGAGACUGUAGGCAUCAACAGAGUGAUGAAAUUUACUCGGUGCUUGAAGCGUGUCUGUAUACCGGGAAAGAUGAUGAACAUGAACUCUCAACUGUGUGAUGAUGACAAAUCAUCCAAAAGAGUGAGACUAUUGGAAAAGAUGUUUGCUUGUCACUGUCUUCUAUCGUUUUGAGGACCACAGGAGACUGCAGCGCUGCACCAUGGAGAGCGAGUAAUCAGGUUUCAGCCUUUCAUGUAUCAGAUGAUCCGAUGCCUUGCGGUAGCUGCAAGAAAUGUCCCUUGUAUCGCAACAGCAAAGGAAUACUGCAGUGUUCUUGGACUGAAGAUGACUAGAUGAGCAGCUGGAUCAUGCUCAGGUUAGAGGAUGGUACCAUAAAUCAGCAUGUCAAAGGAAACCUGCUAAGUUUUUAGACAAGAUGAGCAGCUGGACCAUGUUCACAUCAGAGGAUGGCGGUACCGACAUGGCACCACAAAUCAGUAUAGAAAUUUUACAUAGCAAUGCUGGCUGGUAUGUUCCUUGUUCAGGGUUAACCCUGUUUUCAUUUAAAAGAACUCAUUUAAUCAA